GUUGUUGUGACCGUUGCCACAGUCCUUGUCUCGGCUUACAGGGAAUUACUGCAGAUGCCGGCCAGUUUUAUGAAGCAGUCAGUUCUACUGAUGCCUGUGAAGCGGCGGGCGCCAUACUGAAGAUCACCAAAGAAGAUGGCCAUUCUGCUGUAACUGUGGCGGGCUCCAGACAUGCUUUCUUUGGAGGAGUAGUGUACCGCUCCAUGCAAAAAUGCUUGGUGUUCACGUUGCAGGACCUUUACUGGUUGUUUGCGGCAGCAUCCUGCAUGAAAUUUGCGCACACAGGCUCCCAGGUCUGGACAUUCACAGGGCUCCCGAUCGGGGGCCUCCUAUCGAAAGCGGCCACGUCCUUUGUCCUGGGCUGGCAAGAACAUUGCUGGAACACUGAUAGUAGCAAACGAAGGGCAGCCAAUUUUGAAUGGAGCGACAGACUGUGGAAUCACAUGGUGGCCAGAGGCAGGUGCGUGGACGAUUUGCUGUGGCUCAGCUUUGCUUUGUGCGAGUCCUGCUUGCGCGAGGGAGUGCAACAUGCAUAUUCGGUCCCUUUUGAGAUUGAGGGACCAACAGAUGGAGCACUCUGCUGGCUAGACUUCAAAGUACAGCUGCGCCCUUUGAUCUGGGCCUGCAAGCGUAAAGACUUCAUUGCUCUGCCGCCAUGGGCCGUUUCAAGCCAAUAUGCAUUUGGGAUCCUCAUGGGCCGCAUGUCUCGUUGGAAGGAGAUGCACUUGCGACCGCUAGAGCUUGCUGAGGCUUUGGUCGGUCUGUUCUCAGACUUCAAUAGGCGUGGUUGGACGAAAAGGUCUCUUCGCAAGACGAUCUACAGGGUUGCUCCCAGAUGCAUGCGCAGGGAUGGCUGCCUGCUCCUACGCGUGUUUCAUACCUAUUUUCGUUUGGUGUUGUAG